AGCAAGAAGAACGAGGUGUGCGGUGUUCAAUCUAACAACGGUUUGAUUGAUUUGGAUGAUCUAACCGCGAGUAACACCCAACUAAUUUCGUUGUGCGACGAUGACGAUCUCGUACUCACAAACAAUACGCGUAACGAGCUCGAGAACGACGACAAGAGUCUGCAGGAGUUGAUAGAGAGUGAGCUGGCGUUGAGGAUCUGCUCGAGCACGAAUGACGACGAAGAGGGCGUCGAAGAGGCCGAGAACGUCGUCGCUCAACCGGAGACAAUCAAGAGGAUCGUCCUGGACUGCCGGCAGGACCCCGUCGACAUUAACGCGGAGUUCAUAGCGGCCGAGAGCGAGCAUUAUUCUCAGAUCGAGGAAGCGUACGGCCAUCGGAACGGUCACGUGUCCCCGCAUCACGCGGACAUCGAGGUCGCACCGGAGCCGGUGCGCUUCCACGACCAGGAAGAGGUUCAGUCGACGUUCGUCGAGCAACCGGAAGCCGGCGACAAGCCGAUAAUCAUUCAGAAAACGAGCGAAGGCGAUCAGGAGUCGAGCCGCGACGAAGCUGUCGACGUUAGCGACAACAGCGAAGGUUGUCAGGCUAUUGUCAAGGAAGUCGUGCCACCCACGGACGAUCCAGGACACGCCGGCAAUGUCACAAACGACUUCGUAGACGGGUCGAGCUCUCAGGUUUUUCCGAUUCCUGCGAGUUGUCCCGUAGAUAAGUACCAACGGAAGGAAGAAUUGGUGCAGACGCUGGACGACACGGAUCCCCUUUGCGUCGAACAGGAAAGGAAGGGCGCGGACGUCGGUAUUUCGGACACGUGGACCGAGCAGGCGCCGCUUUCAGACGGCCAGCAGCAGGCCGGUCGGUUCUCCGACAACUUCGACGAGGCGCUUUAUUCGCAGGAUCGGAACCACGAGAAGCAGAAGUCCCUUUCGACAAGUGAACAGUCUUCCACGAACGAACAUAUCGAUACGCUUAAUGAUUCCCAUGGAGACAAUCGUGUCGAGGAGGAAGAGGAGAUUCCGGCGUCGCUGAUCCGUCAAGAGAAAUCGUCUCUCUCCGAAACGAUCGAAGAAGCCGACGCGAAACUGGAGGAUUCUCGUUUCUCCGACGACAUCAGCCAGUCCGAGAUGGAGAUGGCCAGUACGCAGGAGUUCCUCGACACAGAACGCCGCGUACUGAACGAGGAGGUCGAUCAGGAGGCACCGCAGAUUGUAGUAUCGCAGGCAACGUCCGGAUCGAUCCUGGAAAACGAAUCGCCGGAGUGUCCCGUCGCGGAAGACGCGCAGAAUCCGGUGGACGAGUCCUCGAGCGAGUUCUCGGCGUCCGAUUCGACUUUCAUCGAAAAAACCGAGGUCGUGGUGUCUGAGACGAGCGUGACGAUCUUCUCGGAGACGAGGCAGCUCGCCGCCGAGCAGGUCGGGAAUCUCGACUCGUGGACCACGGUCGAGGAGGCCACGAAAUCGGCGGACGCCGAGGAGCGGGACGCGCCGGCCGUGGCGGAACGCGACGCGACGAGGGACGAUAAUGAGGGCAAGCAAGACGAUUGCCUCGCACCCUCGUCGCCCCGCGCGCCCCUGGCCACACCGGACGAGACGGAGACGAGCGACGUUUCUAACGCCUGCGACAGCGAAAGCCGCGAGGAAACGGUGACCACCAGUUCCACCGUGACCUCCUCGAAGGGCGGGACCAAAACGAAGAAGAAGAAGAUCGAGGGCGUCGCUGGUAACGAUGCCACCUCGCCGAACCUCACGCCGCGCACAAAGAAAACCAAGAAGAGCAAGAAGAGCGAUCUCGAGAAGGAGAACAUCUCCGUGAACUGUAGCUUACGAGACGCAAGCAUGCAUACGGGCACUCGGCGAUCGCAUUCGGAGAUGAUCGAUUUUUCCGACGAGGACGAUUUAUCGAACGUCAAUGUUAAGUCACUGACACAGAACUAUGUCUCGGAGACAAGUCGUAGCGAUCAGGAGAAGUUGUGCAGGGAGCGGAUUGCGACCGGCGUGUCCAUCAAGCAAUUAUGUCGCAGCUUUGGCGACAUCUCGAACAUGAGCGACGGCGAUCAGGCGACCUUUGGGAAAGCGAGCCACGCGAGGGAAACCGAGGAGAAGGCGAGGUCGAUGGGUGAUCUGAGAGUAUGCGAGCAGGGUUACUCGCGGUUCAGCAGAGACGCACCCGUCUUCGCCAGGGUGUCGGUCAAGGCCCUCAGGGCUUCCUACUGUAGUUUGGCAAGUUUAACGAAGCAGGGUAAGGACAAGGAUCUGGCAUGCGAGAGGCCGAAGUUCGAGAAAUCGAGCUUUAACAAGUUCGACGCUCUUACCAAGAAGACAGUGCUUCAUGUGCGCUCGGUCGACGCGGGGAAAGUCCAGCAGCAGCUGAAUGCCGUGGGUCAGAAUGCCGAUGCGAAUACGAACUGUCGCAGCUGCGGCAAGGUCGUGUUCCAAAUGGAGCAGACAAAGGCCGAGGGUCUGGUCUGGCACAAGAAUUGCUUCCGGUGCGUGCAGUGCAGCAAGCAGCUCAAUGUAGACAAUUAUGAGAGCCACGAGAGCACGCUCUACUGUAAGCCACACUUCAAGGAGCUCUUCCAACCGAAACCGGUCGAGGAGUCCGACCAGCCCGUGCGACCUCGAAAGCCGGAGCUGAUCAUACGGGAGAACGAGCCGAAAGAGUUGCCGCCCGAUGUGGUCAGAGCUUCCGACAAACCCGAUCUGGGACUCGAGGAACUCUCAAGCCUAAACGUCAAGUCGCGCUUCCAAGUCUUCGAGAAAGCCAGCACGGAGAACGCCAAUGAGCUCGAACGAUCGCCGUCACAGAUCGCCGUCAAGAGAUCGCCCAGCAUCCUCAGCAAAUUAGCCAAAUUUCAAGCGAAAGGCAUGGACAUUGGCGUGGCGGACGAAUCGCUCAAUGGUAUACCCUAUGAGGAGUCCAGCGAAAGUGAGGAAGCGGAGACGGAGGAAACCGAGGAAGUGGAAACCGAAAUCGUGAAAUCAAAACGCACCACGCGCGAACGACCGAUCAGUUUUUCGAAGAUGGACGACAUCAAGAAUCGUUGGGAGACCACCAGCCAACAGGGAAGGCGCGAGGUUCAGCGCGAGGCUAGGAAGGAAGAAAUCGCAGGAAUCCGGUCACGAUUAUUCUUGGGUAAACAGGGUAAAAUGAAGGAGAUGUAUCAACAGGCGGUAGCCGGAAGCGACCGCGUUACGAAGAUAAACGCGGCGGAGGAGAUACAGCACUCGACUGCCCACGCUCGCUCCCUCAAAGAGAGAUUCGAACGGGGCGAGCCAAUCGCGACAUCGGACGACGAAACCGACAGUAAACCGAAACCGGAGAAAGCCGACGAGGAGGUGAUCGCAGCAGGUAUCAGCAGGAAGUCGCGGUCGCUCUUUUUGGAAUUAGACGCGUCUGCAGCGAAAACGGCACGUCCAGUGACGCCAGUCCAUCCAAAAACGCCAACCGAAACCUCACGACGUGCGCGAGACGCGUUCAUGGCCCGUCAAGUCUCAGACGACGUGGUGCGCAGCUCAGACACGACCGAGGAGGUCCACGUAGAAACGUCGGAAAUUUCGAAUAAGUUCAAAUUCUUCGAGACCUAUAAGGAACCGGAGAAACAGCGGAAGCAAUUUCGCAUUACGCCGCCUCGCGACGGUCAAGUCAAGAUGAAUUCACCGGAUCGCGAGAUUUACCGCGAUCCAGAUGUGGUCAGGUCAGAGGACAGGGUGGACGACAGGGUGCACACGGACACGGCGAGGAAGAUGCUGUCCAUCUUCCGGCAGAUGGAGGAGAAUGCGACCAAGGAAGAACUGCCGGAGGGUCCGAAGCCCUUGAAACGCUUCACACCGCCUCCCGAGGAUAAGUUCGCUAAAGCGACGGCCUCGGACUCGGAGCAGGGCGAGGAUGAAGAGGGCGAGGAAUCCGACGGCGACGAAAGCGCCGAGGAGAGAGAUCCCAAUUACGUCCGUGCAUCUGAUAAGGUGGAGGACGAGUUCUUGAAACAGGCGCAGAACGCGGCGCGCGCCAAGACCCUACGUGCUAAGUUCGAGCACUGGGAGGAGACCGACGGCAAGGUCAGCAAUCACCACGUCGCCGAAAUGGAGAUGGCCCAGGGUACGGGCGACCAGUCUAGCAUAGAGUCGGCGAGCAGUCUGAGAGCCCGUUUCGAGUCCCUCGGCUCGCAGGCCAACGAGUCCCCGCGCGCACCGAAGGUCAAAGUCAAUCGAUUUGUGUAAAGGAAAGAAAGAGAGAAAGAGAGAAAGAGAGAAACGGAGGAAGUGCACCUGGAUUAAUUCGAUUACGAGAAGGGUGAGGAAGAAAGAAGCUGAAUCGAUGGAGAGGAAGAAGAGCGCUGUUGGGACAGCAGCGGUGGAAAGGCAAUUUUUUUUUUGAAUCUCGUGCUUUAAGCAACGGCAAUAAAAUGUUCGGUUAUCGUAACGAUUAUUGUAACGACUUUGCGUUUUCUUAGGGAUGGUUUUAACACACUCGGCGUUAUGUUCGUAUAGUGAAUCUUAGCCCGUAGACUGUAUCAUAUGUUAUGUGUUAAUAUAUUAUUGUAUUACGAGAGUUCGCGCGAGUGUCUCGGAUCCGUCGAGCGUUUCGUCCAAUUGCCAAUUAGAAAGGAAGAUAUAUAGAUAUAUUUAUAUGCUAGUGUAAAAGAAAAAGAUCGAUUCCAGACAGAUGGCGAUAAACCGUUCGAGGCAAUAACAUGCCGAGUCACGUAAGAAAAAGCUUACGAGGAAUUUAAUACGUAUUAAUUUGCAGAUUACGGUGCUAUGAAAAAGAUUUUGAUUUAUCAAUCAUUAUUUAUUUUUUUUUAUGGAAAUCUACACUAUAGGGAAUAAAUUAAAUUGGACAGCUGCGAAAUAUCAUUGCGUAAAUAAUAGAAAUCGUGCUUUAUCGGAAAGCCGCGGAAAUAUGUAUUUAUUACGCAGAAACGCUCGACUUAUCCUAACACACGUAACCGAGAGAGAACUUUAUUGUCUACUAAUUUACUUUAUAUAUAAAAGACGAGCGUCCAUCUUACGUACACGUGUCGUACGUAUGUCGGCUUUAUCAUUGUCUUAUGAAGAUUUUUUUUCUUUAGAAAAAAAUAAAAUAUUCUCUUCCACAUACGUGCGACGCUAAGAUCUCUGUAAAACGCAAGAUGGAUUCGCUUUUAAGCAGUGAAAUUCGUAACGAUGCGCAUUCAAUUUUUAUUUACUUAACUGCUAACCCCAUAAUACGCCCUCAUUUGUUAAUUAAUUGAAAAUUUGUACGUAACGAAGUGGGCUUGAUUAAGCAUCUCAAUAUUAAACUCUUUAUUAAAACAAAUUCAUUACGAACGGCUAUCGUGUUAUGUAGGUGCCAAAUUUUAUUAAGCUCUUGAUCGAGCGAUUUUUUUCGAAUUAUAAUUUUGAUUUGACGGAUUUAAAUCUUUAUGACUGAUGGAAUCACUAUGUAUAAUGUGCCUUUAAUUUUUUUUAUAUAAAUGAUUCGCUUUUUUUUAAAUAAUACGUAAAUAAAUAGAAAGAGAGAUCUAUUAUAAAUCUAAUAUAAAUUAGAUUGAUUAUGUACAUAGAAAAAAAAAUUCAUCCUAAACGAAGAUAUAUAUUCUCGUGUAUAAGCAAGAACAGUAUAAUUUUUAUAUAUUUAGACUUGAAUUGAGUGAAGUAUUAUUUGCAUCAAUUCAAUCAAGAAAAUUUAAGAUUUUCUAAGAAGAAUUAUAUAAUAUUCUUGCUUAUAUAUAUAUAUAUAUAUGAGAAUAUCUUUUUUUUUCUAUGUAUGAAGUAUAUUGAAUAAAAAUGUAGAAACAAUAGAAAAUGAAAAACUCUCGCAGAUCACAGUACAAAUGUCGAUAAAUAUCACUUCAAAUAACGAAAUGAUCCGUGGAUUCGAACUCUUCUUUUCGCAUCGUUACGAUCUUCCUCUGCCGUUUUAGAUUUCUAAUUUUCAUAAGUGCCAAGUUUUUCGUUGAUACAUGAGCGAGCAGAGAGACAGAGCGAGAGUAAGAGCGCGAAAAGGGAAAAAAGUGCGUGAGAGUGACGAACGAGGGGCGAAAGGUAACGCUUACUCAAGUUUAACGUGUGAGAUCAGGAAGGGCCUGGAACAUGGAAUUGCCACAGAGGAAGUGUCGGGUAGAUAUUGUCGAGGUGUUCCGGGGCCGACUAACGGUUAGGACCGACUAGCUAUUUCGAUCGCUUUUACAAAUUUCGAAUCUUCAUACAGCUUAGCGCGACGGUAGAUUUUUAUACUCGUGUGGAAAAGAAAAACGGAAACAGGCAGUUUCGUUCUCGUGUCGUCGCGUUCGAGCCUGCUUCCCCCGCGUUUGCGAUUCGAACGAUUAAAUACUUCGCGAACACGCGUUGUAUCUAUUGCAUCUAGGCACCUGUGCAAUAUGGCAUCAAUUAUGACUUACGUAUUUGUUGUUUUACAAAAAAAAAAUACAAAUAUAUUAAUCUCAGUUGUAUUAUAUCCCGAAUAAUGUUGAAUGUCUUCCUCGUGGAUAAAUUUAUCGGUGGCUUUAUGAUUUUUGUUCUGUCACGUCCGUUAUUUUUUAUACUCGCCGCAAGAUCAUGUAAUACCGUUGUCGCUCCGUCGCAAAUUCUUAGAAGCGACAUUUUUGCUGCUAGAUGCGAGAACGUUGUCGACAUAGAGGCAUUAUGCCGCUUUCGGCACAUUUUGUACUUCCACAGAAAAAGCACAGGGAUGCGAAUGACUACGGUCGUAGAGUAUCAGGGUAAAAACGCUGUCGCGUUGCUCGAGUUCCCAGUUGAAGGACCCAUUUUUUUAAAAGAAUUGUACGAAUUUUUUAGACAUGUAAUAAAAAUGCUGUAGACAGAGAGGAAGGAAACAGAUCGAAAAAAAAAAAUGUAUAUUCUUAACAGCGAAUAUUUCUCCGUCUUCCUUUUUUCGUAUGUGCAAUAUAAUAGCUUCCGUUGCGAAUACGCUAAUUACGAAUUUAUUUAAGAGAUUUAGGAGAUUUAAUGCGAUUUAUUAUAGCGGGAAGCGCUAAGCUGAUUUUGAUUUAAGAAAGGAUCCGCUCCGUUGACCCGAGAUGCCGACGGAGAGGCUAUUUCGCGUGACAAAUUUGCAAGUCCUUGUUAACGGCCUCUCGAAUUCUUCUGAUUUGUAUAGCAUAGAUAGCGAUAAUACUAUAGUUCACUGCGUCUUUUAGCGUAUCGUUUCUAUUGAUGUAUAACGAUCUUGUUCUGUUUAUCCUUCACGUGUAACAUUUAUUACGAUAAUACACAAGUGAUAAAUAAAGCAGGUGCUAAAUC